AUGGAGAGAGGAACGCCGGGAAUUGGGAGGGGCAGCAUUGGAGCCGCGCCGGAGGGAACCGCCUCCACUGCCAUCGUGCCCGAGGCCUGUGCCUCCAACACCGUCGCGGUAGCCGACCGGACGCGACAGCAGAGGCACACCAUGCUACCCGGGCCCGCAAAGCCUCCCUACGCCCCAACUCCACCUCUAGGGGGCUCCGCCGCCCAUGAGAAGCCCCGGCCCAGAUCUGGGCCGAGCAGGCGCUACCAUCCCGCAGCACCGCGAAGCUCCGCCGCGCAGCCAACCUCCCUCACCCGCGCCAGGUUGCCCCGCCGCCUGAGCGCACCACCAGGAGACGCGCCUCCCCGCGCAAGAUCGCCUCCGGGAGGGGAAAAGCAGGGGCCGCCGCCGCCGGCACCGCACGACGACGACGACGCGGGAGAGGUGGCGGGGGAGGGCCUCUAG